UCAGGGACAUGUUGAGUUUUCUAGAUAUUUUUUUCGAUGGGUGACCUCAUUGGCAUGUGAAAUUGUUUCACGGGUUUUCUCCAUGAUUGGUCUAGGUUUUCCAUGCCACGGUGGCACAGAAAGGAACUAUGACCUGUAUGAAUCCAUCGUGUUGUGGAGGGGCUGCCGUCUUGACUGAUGGCCAAGAGGGGCAGGACUUCAUAGGGCAGUGGCUGUCUUUCCUCCAGCUGCUACCAUUGGCUGUGUCCUUUGCAGACCUUCUGCCAGUCCCUAUACUCUCCGCAGACCCCAGACAUGAUGUCUAUUAUGAAGGGGAACGUGUCACUAUGACAUGCUCUGCCCCAACAAUGAGGAAAAUAGGUGGAUUUCGUUUCUUCAAUCAAACUGGGGAGCAAAUUGACCUGCAAACACCUUACUCCCUCGCAACUGCCUGGCUCCACCUUACAGCUACAAAAGCAUCUUCUGGGGAGUACACGUGCAUGUACUUUCUGAAGGAGUCCGGACAAGAAAUUCCUUCCAACAGGAGCCUUCCUCUUUCACUUAAGGUUCAGGCUGCUCCCACGGCCCCAACUUUAUCCCUGGAUCCUCAGCAGCAGGUCUAUAGACCUGGGAACCACGUCAACCUACUCUGCUCCUUCCCCUCAUCUUCAGAUGAUGUUAAAGAAGUCCAGUACUAUGCAGACUUUGGACUUGCAGUCUCCAUCCCAGUAUCGAACGUGAAAAACUACAGCUUCAACCUCAGGAUCACAGGAGACAUGGUCUCUGGGUCUUACAGUUGUGCCUAUUUUGUAAUCAAGUCUACACGUCCUGUUCGCUCAGAAAGGAGCAGCUGGAUCAGUGUCAACCUGAAAAGCCACAAAAUCAGCUGGCUUCGAGAGAUCAUUGUUGGGGGUUCAUUCUUUACCAUCAAUGGCUUCAUCUUUUUCUUCUCCCACUGCCUGAUGAAGAGAAGAGAUCUGGAAGAGGGAUUCCAGAUGGACUACGAAGAGGCAUGAGAAGAACUAUCCCGUAAAGGUUUUCUCCAUUAGCUAAGGAUUCUCUCGGGCCAUGCCUGAUUCCUCGUUGUCUGCCUCAGAGUCCCCGAGAGGCAGAAAUGGUGCGUGUUCAACCGGCAUUGCUUUGGCUGCUCCGUUCUUCUGCGCAGACCCUCGUGCCUUCCAAGCUGCCUCAGGUCCGUUCAAAUAAAGCUGGAUGUUGUGUUUGGGUCUUGUGGGUUUCAUGGAAAGACACAUGUUUCCACGCUCCUUCCCAAAGUGUGUGCUCGUGUUUGUGCCUUGUGUGUGUGCGCCUCUGCUCCAUCUCACCCGUAAUCCCACCAUGUUCCCAUCACACCUGGUUCUUUCUUGCAUCUGAAAGAGGUUGGAGAAGGAAUGGAGGCAGAGAGAAGGAUGAGCAGAAAGAAGGUGGAAAGAGAGCCCCCAAAGCAGAACAGGUCCUUUGGUGAGUCAGCAACCCAACAGCCACUGCUGUCACCCUCUUUCCUCACCUGGGGUUGUCCCUGUCCUUGAUGUUAGGGCAGUGGCAUCCAGGGAGUGCAGUGGGUGCUGGGAGACCCACCGCAGAGAGGGCAGGGGAUUGUGGGGAGAAGCUCAGAUUUCUGGGAUCUCUGUGGGCCUGAGAUGGAGGCAAUGAGAAAAUGGGGCAAUCUGGGGAAAAGUGGGGAUUUGCCGGGCACUGCAAGAGUGUGGGGGGACAGUGUGGGUAUAUCAAGGACUGCGAGAGAAGCUCAUGGGGCUUUGUAGGGAUAUGGUGUUGGUGGGGAUGGCUGAUGGGGGCAUUGUGGGUUUAAGGGGCCUGCGAAGAAGGGAUAUUGCAUUUUUGAGGGCUGUAUGUGUGAUAUACGGGAGCUGUGGGGCUAGAAUAUGAGAGGAGAUUUAGGUUGGACAUAAAUGUCAUGGUUUAACCCCAGACAGCAACUAAGCACCAGGUAGCCACUCACUCACUCCCCU